UCGAUCUCGCAGCAUCAUACAGCGGGUCACAGGAACAGCCGCUCUCCGCCCAAAGCCUCAGACGCAGCGUGCGCAGCCCGAGAGGAGGCAUGAUUCCUUCCUCACUAUGAAUGUAACCCUGACACCAACGCUGCCUGAGCACACAGGUAUCAUGGAGCCCCUUUCUGUGAACAUGACUGAGACAGAAGGUUCCAUUGGCCAGGACUGCGUCCAAAGGUAUGACAGGCCCCCUCCGUUGCACACAGGAGCUGAUUGGAAGAUUAUCCUGCACUUGCCAGAGAUUGACACCUGGAUCCGCAGCACUUCGGAGAGGGUGAGGCAGCUCACGCAGUCAGUGCAGGAUGACCCCCAGAGUAAGCACGUGGAUGUGCAUCUGAUGCAGCUCAAGGAAAUAUGUGAGGACAUCUCAGACCAUGUGGAACAGAUCCAUGCCCUGCUGGACACAGAGUUCUCCCUAAAGCUCCUCUCAUACUCUGUCAAUGUUAUUGUGGAUAUCCACACUGUCCAGCUGCUGUGGCACCAGCUCCGGGUGUCUGUGCUGGUGCUCAGGGAGAGGAUCCUCCAGGGGCUACAGGACAGCAACGGCAACUACACCCGCCAAACAGACAUCCUACAGGCAUUCACCCAGGAAAACCAGGAGGACAGGCUAGAUGCUCUUACAGAGGUGGACUGUUCAGGCCAACUGACCAUUAGAUGCCCCCCAGACUACUUUUCCUUGGACUGCGGGAUCACGGCCUACGAGUUAUCAGAUUACAGCCCCCGGGAAGAGGAGAACCACAUGCUACCUGCUAAGCCACUACAGGCCUGGACAUACAGCGCUAUGCAACAAGAGUUUCCAGAUCUGGUCAAGGGUCCUGGCCUGUUGAGUGUUGCCCCUGAAUGCAAGGAGCAGCUUGUGAAUGAGGAGGAGAAUGACUGUAUCCCUGUAAAGACAGAGGAAUCAGGACAGCAGCCCCCAAGAGCACUUUCUCUGGUUGAAAGCACCACCCCCAAAAGACCCCUACAAGACAGCAGUGACCAUGGAGGUGACUCACCUACCCGCCCAUCGCUUCCUAAGAGGGGGCUUUUCUUAAAUGACACUGGCCAUUUUGGGCAAGCAGGGUUUAUUGGGAAAGCUGUAGAAAUUGACUCCUCUCAGUCUCUGUGUCCUUCCUCACCUCGAAAUCACCUAACUCUCACACUGACACCUCCAUACACUCCCACUGCUCCUACAAAAUCCAAAAGUCAUCUGGAGGCAGAGGAUGAAAAGCCAAGCAGAUCUCAAAGUAGCGAAGACUUAGACAGUGAGAAGCCACAGUGCCUAGAAACAGCAAAGUCCCCCAGUGAAAAAAGUUCCCCACAUAGAACACAGAAAGAAAACACAAGAGAAAUGUGGGAAGACCACAAAACACUGGACUCACCACCCCAGGACCAAGAGACCAGCAGCUGGUAUGGGUCAGAUGAGUUCUUGGCACUUCCUUCACAUUUGCACCAGACUGAUGUUCUUGCUCUGCACCUUGGAAGCCUUUCCCAGUUAGUGUCUCCUGCACCUGAGGACUCCCAGCCACCCUUUAGGGAUGUGGAAGAUUGGGAGAUCAGCUCAGGCUCUGAGGUUGGUCCCAGUUCUCCUCGUUGCCUCUCCCCCAGCACCCCCAGUGACCUGGCCUCUUAUUUGAAUAGCAGUGGGCAAUCAACACCACAGUUGGCAGCAUCAACAAGUAGCAAGAGGCAGCACAGAGCAGAACUCAUACAGAAGCUCAUGUGGGACAUACAGAGGCAAGACAACGAUCGGCAUGUGUGGGACAGAAUCCAGGGCUUUGUGUCCAAGCUGGAUAGAUUUAUCCACUGGCUGCAGGAUGCCAUGGAAGCCACAGAGAACUGGACCCCUCCCCAGCCAGAGACAGAGGCCCUGCAGCUCUACCUGCACACACACUUGAACUUUAAGCAAAGUGUGGACGGUCACUGCGCUCUGAAGGAUGCGGUCCUGGAAGAGGGGCACAGGCUGAUGGAAGUGCUGGUAUCACACAGACCAGGGUUCCAGGAGAUGCUGCAGAUGAUCAGUGCCCAGUGGAAAGAACUGCAAAGGCAGAUACGGAGGCAGCAUGGCUGGAUCUUAAGUGCUCUGGAUACCAUCAAGGCAGAGAUUCUGCAACCAGAGGAAGAUGAUAAAGCACAGGUCAAUGGGUCUCUCAGCUCUUUAGAAGCUCAGAGAGAAGCUGUUUCCCAGAUGUCAUUGCAGUUGAGUAGCGCACAUCACUCCCAGAAUCCUGUGCCUCCAGAACCGACGGUCAUUACAGGCAGCCUGAAAAAGGAAAGCAUGUACGAGGUAGAGGCAGAAUGGCAGGAUAUCUGGGACUGGCUGCUUGACAUGGAGGCCACAGUGCAAAAUAGUCUAGGGUUGCUGGUGUCUGAGGAUCAACAUCUACAGAUGUGCAAGAGGUGCAAUGUGGAGAUGUCGCUUAGAGAAGACAGAGUCCAGGCUCUGCUAAGUCAGCUUGAAGCUCUCAAGCUUGAGGGAUCUCCACUGCCUGACAGCUUACUGAACAAGGAAGAACUCAUCCGGGAAAAGUGGCAAAUGCUAAAGAAAUCUCUUUCUGAAGCACUGUCAGGUUCAGCCACCCAGGUUGUUCUGUCUCCCGGGAGUGGGAGCUUGUUGCAGCAGCUAGAUCAGCGUGUAAAGGAGCUGAAAUCAUGGCUGAGAGACACGGAACUGACCCUGUACAAUUCCAGCUUGAAGGUGGAGGAUGAGGCUGGAGACCAGGAGAGGCUCAAGAGAGACCUGCAAAGAUUUCAGGCUCUUUGCACUGAACUCCGACUACGCCGGCGUGGAGUUAUGUCUGUCCUGCGUCUGUGUCACCAUCUUAUAAACCUCCAGGAGCACUCUACUCAACAAGACUUCCCUAGCUUACAGCUGCUAAGUGUAAAUCUAGAGAGAAGGUGGGAGGCUAUAGUGAUGCAGAGUACUCAGUGGCAAAGACAACUGCAGAGGGAGGUCGGUGAUGAACAGGAACUGGAUUUCUUUGUGGAUCCGGACUGGGCAGAUCUGAGGAGUUCUAUGGUGGAAGAAGCUUUAGAGUGGGAUGAGACCGAUAUAACUGCAGAGUCAGUCUGUGGUAAUCAGGAACCUGAGAGUCUGACAACAGAAGAUACAGCGUCACAUAAAAGACAUUGCUCAGACCAAGCCAUCUCAGGGCAUCUAAGUCACCAAAAUCAAUAUCAAACUCCUGUAUAUCAAGUCUACAGUUUACACAACAUGGAACUCUUCAGAACAGGCAUUGAUUCCCCACUGGGAAAGGAUCCAAAGUUAGCACCACUCUCACUGUCCCUUUUGCAAGGCAAUACAUUUAUGUCUUUGCCAGAUUUAGCAAGUGGUUCUUCUCAAGGACACAGUUUACAUCCCCCAAAAACCAAAGGAGGUUCCACUGGGCAUUCAGAGUGUGAAAGCGGUAUUGCUAGUGGAGGGGAAGGAGUGACUGCUGCUAAUUCAGAAGGAUGUCUUUCACUGGAUGGGGAGGGAUUGCAGGGGAAGAGUGAGGACAUAGAGCAAAUAGUGACCAUAGAAGAUGGACCUGUAUCAUACUCCAGAGCCAAGCACUUUGCUCCUCGCACAUUAUAUGACUGCUCUUUUUUGCAGACAGACAGAUUUAAAACUGGUCCACUGGAAAGAACACAGAUAUCUAUUCCUAGCUUUUCUUUUUCAAAGAUAGCUGGGCAACCUGCUGUGAACAGGACCAUGCUUCCUCCAAGCUCAAAAGACCACAGUCCAGAAGAUAACACAGAUUUCCAAGAUCUUAUUGAGGUGGUUAGUGCGCAAGACUCUCCUUCUAGCUCCUCUUCACUGGAAUCUCUCUCUGUUGCUUGUGAAGCACUGGAAAAUACUUCACUCAGACGCAGUGUGUCCCUGGAGAGCUGGCCAGCAUCUUACAAAAGCAACGAGGACCUAUUCAGCCAACAAGUCUCUGCAGAUGUCACCCCAGGAAGUGAACCUGGGGAAGAACUGAGCAAGCGCACCUUGGACUUACUAAAAAGGUUGGAAGACAUUGAAUGCCCAUCUGAACAAAAAAUGAAACGUAGUUUGUCUGAUGAUAUAACCCUACGAAGUGGUUCUCGAGAGACUUCUGUAACUGGUUUUCGUUCCCCACAAGAGAGGGCAUCAUCUGGGAAUGAAGAUCUGGGUUCUGAACUGACAGAACUAAGUAGCAGUGAGGAAUUAUCUUUAAGGUCUGAGGACCUGGUGGUGCUAAAAGGAAAGUUAUUGGGCUCUAACAUGUCUUUCCACAAGCAUUUAAGUCGCUCCUUAGGUGGAGAGGAAGGGGAAGCUAACCUCAGUAUGAUUGUCAAUGUGUCUUGCACUUCAGCUUGCACAGAUGAGGAGGAUGACAGCGAUCUACUGUCCAGCUCUACCCUCACAUUAACUGAGGAAGAGGAGGAGGAGUUUGAAGAGCCAAACUCUAGUUUGGGAAGUGAGGAUGAAGCUGAGGAUGGCACAAAACUGCCCUUAGGGGCUGAUUUUAUCAGACGAGAGAUGCAGGCCUGGAUUAGACCCGCAUUCUUUUUACCAAAAGAGAAGAGGAAAAUAAACAGAAUAGUAAAGGAUAUGCCAGGGGCAUCAACAGAUGAGAGAUUCUUGCAAAGCUUUUUACACAAACAUUGUGAGAACAAUGGUAAUGGAAAAGACCCAUGUAAGAAGAUGACAAAAAAAGAACAAGAGAAAAAUUUAUUUACCUCCCCUCAGCUAGUGGAUGAUAUGGAGAAUGGAAAUGUCACUAAUAGGUUAGCUCUGGUUAAAAAUGGUGUUAGCAAACUAAACACACCAGAAAAAAAUAGCAAAUCCGGGCCUCACCCAAUGAUAUCAAUAACCAAAACAGAGAGGCUUCAUCCACCUAGCAUGCCUGCUUUAGCAUAUCAUAAACCCCGAGAGCUUGGCCCACCUUUUAAUGGCAAAAGCAGUUUACGUGUCACUCGUGAUGCAGUUGUAGAUGUAGAUAUGCCAGACAGUAAUUCGUCAGUAUUUGAUAACAUCCAAGAGACUGCCUGUUCAUGCAGUACUUCUAACGAGAAGACUAAAAACCCAGACUGUAAUGUACAUGAAUUUGUGAAGGAAAUUCUAGAUAUGGCAUCCACAGCAUUGCAUGGCUCAGUUCCAAAAGAGAGACCUGGUCAUGGUACAGGGGCACAGCUCAGGGAGAAGGUGCUGGAGCAUUCCCGUAGGCAACUCGAAAGGGGUGACUUCAUUUCCUACCUAUCUCUCUCUUCCCAUGACAGUGACUGUGGAGAGCUGAAUGGAUCUGUCCGGACUGCAACCCCUCAGAUGUUAACUGAAGAGACUGAGGCUAGUGACAUGGAAAGUAUGUUUGAAGCCUGCACAGAGGCCAAGCUAGAAGAGAAAGCUGACUGCUCCCCUGUUCUGAAAGGUGCUUCUAAUGGGACUUCCAAGCAACCGAAAUUAACAGAUGAGCCAGUCAAACCCAAUACAUCCCAGUUAGGAAUCAAAGGUCCUCAAAAGAAAAUCCAAGUUUCAGAACAGCAAACUAUCCCAAAGGCUUCGGGGCCUAAAUAUCAGGUUCACUCAAAGAUAACUAAAGGAGCAAAAACCAAAAUUUCUAACAAAGUGUUGCCUGCUUCUCGGGAAUUGCACUCAGAUCCAACUGGAAAAAUUUCUGGGAAGCAGACAGCCUCCAACCUCCCCAUACUGCACAAAAGGGCGAGGGACCCGAAGACUGUGGGCAGCACUUUAAAGGGUACAGAGUAUCAAAAGAAACAACCACAUGGACCCAAGAGCUACAAGGACCUCUGAAUGUUCACUCUCGACUACCAGGAUACUUUCUCUGUAGGAGGUGAAGUUAGCAGUGUGGAGUGGACCUCCAUCUUUCUGAGCUUCCUCUUUAAUGGCAUUGGGAAACUGGGUCUUUUUUUAUUUAUUUUGUAUUAUAUAAGACAAAAAAAAGCUCUUAUAAUGCUGUGGGAGUAAACACAGAGAAUAUUGUGUAGCAAGGUGCUCGCAGUUCUUGAAGGCCGGUUUUGCAUUGCUUGCUUAUAUGUAAGCCCCUAAAGAACCCAACAGUUGAUGUGUCUUGACAUGUCUAACAUGUGACAUAGCUCACCAGGAACAAUGCUUGAUUAAUUAAGCCCUACAAGUGAACAUAGUUGUGAGCUAAAGUGAGGGUGACUUACUCACUGGGCAAACAAGUUGAAUAAAUACAGUGGUUAAAGGCGUGACAGUAGGGAGGAUUCAAGAGAAAUAAGGUAUGAGUAGUCUAGAACAUGGGUGUUUCUACAGGUUGGACAGACAUAUUUAGAAAAAAGUGUUUUAGGCUAUUAUAACAGAGAUAGGAAAGUGAUGAAUAUUAAAGAUAUGGAAGAUGUUUUCAGUGGAGGGUAUAUGUUUGAUGUAUGGACCUUGUUUCAUAUAGAGGCUAAUUUUACAUAUAUUAUUUUGCUUCUCCUGUUGCGGUUGCCGGUGGCUCUGAUCAUUUUUAAUUGUCAAAGCUGCAAUGCUCUGAUUAGCAACAGGAUGCUUUAGAGUUGUGAAUGUGCUGAUGUUCUGAUUAACGACAGAUUUUAGCCCUGCCCACUCGCUGGUUAAAUGCACAGAGCAGAUAAGAAAUUGGCACUUACAUCCCAGUGAAAUCAGUCUUAAAAUGAAAGGUAGAAUGUGUUGGAAUGAUGACAAUGGACACAAGUUUAGUAAAGGUGUUUUAAACAGGUAGAGGACAAGCAUUUUUCAGUGUCAGUAUUUACAUUAAGAUGCCAAUAUAGUGGUAUACAUAUAGCCUCAACCAGCCAAAUAGUCAGCUUCCUAGAUGACAGCUAAAGAAAACAUUUCAGUAAUUAGUAGUAAGAAAAAGAGGGGAAAGGGAGGACAUAGAUACCUUAAAGUUAUUUAUUUACAAUAAGUAAAUCUUAAGGAGAGAAUUUGGGGCCACAAACAACAUAGUUGUCAAUUUCAGAUAAAAGCAGGCAACCUACACAUGAGGAUUGGCAUAUACACACCCUACUUAAAUAUACUGUACCAACAGGAUUGCAAGUUUAGGUAAGGAGCAGGGAAUGUUCAACUUUGCUGUGGUUAUUAAUGUACAAUUCCUAUGAUUCCUAAUAGAAGAUGGGUUUUGUUGCCAACAGUAGAUGAAAGUUAUAAGCGAUAAGUUAUAAUAAUUAUACAGUUGGAUGUGAUGCAGAGUUCAAAAGGGUGGUGGAUGCUGGAGAGCUUUUAAAUGCCUACAAUGACAUUAUAUAGGUUAUUGUCAGGAAGGGGUCUUGGUAAAGAACCUCAGAUUGUAUGGUUUCAAUAAUGUGAUGUAGAACCAGGCAGGGUGUUGCUAAAAGACACAGAAGGUGAUAGACAUUCAAGGAUGUGGAAGAUGAAUAGGCUAACAGAGCUGACAAGGGAACCUGUAACUGAUGUCCAGCUUUGUGCAAAGCCAAACCCUGCCCUGCCAGAGGGAAACAUGAUGUUUGGUUGCUUUAACGGUAACCCAUGCCGAGUAGAGUUGGCUAUAAAAAAAUUAUAUUGCGUGGCCUAUGUAUCUGAACAUCUGGGCUUUAAGUAAGACUUCAAUAAAUUCUAAUUUGCCAAACAAAAUCCAAUAGUAUUCUAACCCUAUGGUCACUCUUAAUGUGCUGCAGAUACAAGAGAGAAGAAAUGAGAAUGCUUUGCAAGUUGCCACCCUUGGGGUUACCUAAACUGUCUUGUGAAUGCACAUAUGGGGACAUAUAUCCUCUCCUUAACGCUCCUACUUCUCCAUAUGACUCUAAAUCCCAGCGGUCCCCAAACGGUUGGAAGUUAGGGUGAUAAUUAGGGAGAAUUGUCACUUGCCUCUCCUAGAUACUACAUAGUCCAGCUUGAAGGUCAGAGCGAGAUUGAUGAGAUUCAUUAAUAUUUUCCUGCACUGUACUCAUUUUUCUGAGCUAAUGGUGGCUCUGACCAAAGGGUGGGCCUACAAGGGGGCAUGACAACCACUGCAUUAGAAGGGGAUUGAUAUUAUAAAAGUAGUUGGGAUGCAUCAAAGCCAUCAUUUUUAGAUUUGACCAAAUACUGAAAAUGUGGCUGAAUAGUAAAUACAUAUACAGAUUUGGCUACAACUGACAAAUAGCCAUCAUGUGCAAUUUGCGUGUCUAAAGUCACAUGACAUUAGGGGUUUCAGAAAUCAUGAUUACUGCAAACUCCCAAACUGUUCACCCAAUGGCACUGCGUUACGGAAAGAAGCCCAUGGGCCCCAAUUAGUGGAGCUCAAUAUCUGCAUGUUUCUGCAUUCUUGGUGAAAUGCUGCACAGGAUAUCUAUGACACACACACAUAGUAACAGGAGUUGAUUGUGUUUGCUUUGAUUUAUAGUGUGCUUUUUUUCUCCCAGAUAAUGCAAAACCCAUCACAACUAAGGUUAUUCAUGGUCAAUAAAGGGACUUCCUUGUCUCUAGGAGCUGACAUUGGCAUUUUAAAUGCAUUUAUCCAUAUCUGGAGUGAGGGCUAACACCCCUCCUAUUUAACCUCCCCAGCUUCUUCACCCCACUAGAUAAGAGUCCAUGAAUCCUUUGGGCCUCCUACCCUAGUAGUGUUGCCACCAUUUCUGAAAAAAAUACUGUCUUUCUUUUAUUUUUAUCUUUCCUCCCUAUUAAUUACAUUGGCACAAAGCCAGACUGGUAAAUUACUGGCCAGGUGGUAGUCCUAUUGCCAAGAUCAGCUCUGUGCAGCAGCAGCUUUGGUUCUGUCCCUUCCUGGCACAGGUCCCCUGGUAGUGAUCACCUACUCCUGCUCACCAGUCCCUACAAGGGAGCCUUAAACCAGAGGGAUUGUGGCCAAACACAGCAGCCACCAACCCCACUGCACAGCGCAGAAGGUAUGGUGGGCUCAUGGAUGCAGUUGGGAAUGGACAGAGGGCUUAACAUUUUAAAACAGGGGGUUUAAGUCCCAUUUAACAUCUGAACUCAAAUGUUUCCAUUUCUUUGCAGUAAAGGCAGAUUUAUCACAUGCACUUUUUUUUCUACAUACCCGUGUCUCUUUUAAUGUCCCUAAAAGCAAAAGAUGUGUCCUACACAGAUAUAUAUAAGCACCCUGGCCUGACUGGGACAAUAAAUAAAUAUUAGAGCAAUUGUAUGCUUAUGCUCGACCCACCGUGUCUGUAUGUUUCUUUGCAUUAGUUUAAUGUCACACAGGCAAACUUAGGCAAAGCAGGAGACCUCUCUGACUCUCACAAUAACAUACAGAUAACUCGUUAUUAACUGCUAUUAUUUGUCUCUGCUUAUGGUCCAAAGCCAAUAUCCUAUGUCCAGUUGAUAAGGGAGAAUCAAAUAGUAUCUGCAAUAAGGAGAAGUUACAGAAUGAUUUUGUUGAGAAGAUGUCUGUGGCAUAACACAUUGGGGGCCAGCACAUAAUGGCGGUGGGGCAGGGAAGCCCCGUGAAUGCUGCAGGACAAAUAUGCUCAUCUGCCUCACUCUAAUACAUACUGUAACACAGAAAUUUUUUCACAACUGAAUAUGGGGACUCAUAGGCACCUGCAGCAACCCAGCAAUUGGUUAUGUCUUAGUGGUAAAGCCUGCCAAAGGGAAGAGUGAUCUGUUUUAAGGUCUACAAAACUAAAAGCCAGAGAGGCAUGCAACCAGUCAUUUAAAGGGGAAGUAAAAAUAAAUAUAAAUGAAAGAAAAGGUAAUUCUAAGCAACUUUCCAGUAUACAAAUGACAACAAGAGUCCUGGUUGGAGGAGAGAUGACUAAGGCUGCAGUGGAACAUACAGUCAGAACUAGCAGUGGAUGAAAAUAGUAAGGGGCAGAACGAUACAUUUACAAAUAACUUGAAAGUCAUUGAUAAUCUAUUAGUGUAUACGGUAAAGUCACUUAGAAUUACAUCUGCAGAAUUUUAAGUUUGGCUUUGCUGCCUCUUUAUCCGUACUUUGCAUAGCAACAGUCCAUUGUUAUGAGGAAGGAUACACAGGAUCAGUAGUGCAAUGCCAUUUUAAAACCCUUUUGGGAAAGUCCUGUCCCGCCUUCCUAUGUGCCUGCCGGAGUCCAAAACACAUGGCCUGUAUUUAGUGGUGACAUUUUUUCAAUGUAUUUGUAAAUAUAACUACUAUUAAAAGCAGUAUUUAUUUGUCCUUUUCCUCUUCUGUCCCCUUGUGGUUCUGCAGAAGGGGACAGAUAAUGCUUUCAAUAGUAAUUAGAUUAGUACAAAUAACUUAAAAACCAUUAAAGACAUCAUGAAUGUAUACUGGAAAGUUGCUUAGAAGACAUUUUCUUUCUUAAUUUGAAAUGUUAUUUUCCACGGCAUUACGUACAUCUGUCAACUCACAUCCACCAUGGCAAAAACAUUCAAUAGUAGCAGGUCUCCAGUUUGGAAUUUUAGCAGCUGUCUGGUUGCUAGGGUCUAAAUGACCCUAGUAACCAGGCAGUGGUUUGAAUGAAAGUCAGGAAUAUAGAUAGGAGAGGCCUGUAAAUAAUAAAAAGUAACAAUCAGGGUCGGACUGGGCCGCCGGGACACCGGGAAAAAUCCCGGUGGGCCCCAGCGGCCCAGACCCGACCCUUGCCUGCGCUUCCCCUGCCCGGACAACUCCUCCCUUGACGCGUUAAAUUACGUGCGCUCGGGGGAGGACAGUUGGUGAAGACUUAUUAUUAAUUGAGAAGUUGUCAAGAAUUGGCCAUUUUAGUUAUACUAAAAGUUAACUUAAAGGUGAAUUGCCCCCCCCCCCCCCGUCAAGGGAUUACAACAGAGUAGUAUCUAAAUAUCCAGGCUUUAUUUAUAUGUGUUAUGUUUGGAUUGGUAAAUAUGGUAAUGUUGAAAAGUAUGAUUUAAUAUGGGUGCCUUGCCAGAUGUCUUAUUCAUUUUAUUUAGCAAAAAAAAACAAAAAAGCAGAUAAAAAAAUAACAAAAUGUGAGUGGGUAGCCUGAGGUGAGGCAGUGUCGAGAACAAGCUGUUGGGGCUGUGAGCAGAAGGUGGAGACGUGUGAAUAUUCUUUGUAUAUACCUGGAUGUAUCAUAUCAGUGGCAAAGCUUACUGUGUGUGGUGUGGUCGCGUGGGGAAUUUCAGCCUUAAAUACAUUAAUAUGCAUGGGAACUUCAAUAAUAAACACGAGUGAAAACCUG